AUGAAUAAGAUAACCGAUAACAUCUACCUCGGUUCUUUCUAUGCUUUAUCGGCAACCAAGACCCUCAGACAAAACAAUGUUACUCAUAUCCUGUCUUUGGUAGAAACGGAUAUCAAGUCUGAGUUUCUUGAGGGGUUCAAGCAUAUGAGAGUUCAGAUUGAUGAUAUCGAAGAUGAAAAUAUUAUUCAAUACUUCCCUCGUAUAAUUGCUUUCAUGGAUGAUGCAAUCAAUGCUGGCAACUCCAUUUUAGUCCAUUGUAUGGCAGGUGUCUCCAGAUCAGCUACUGCUGUCUGUGCUUAUCUCAUGAGAACUCAUGUAUGGACUUCGGAACAAGCUUUGACAUUCGUUAAGUCCAAACGUUCCGUCGCUAACCCUAACACGUCAUUUUUGGACCAAUUGAAGAUAUUUUAUCUAUGCGGAUAUGAAGUAUCUGAAUCCAAGGCGCCAUAUCGUCAAUGGCUGCUCAAACAAAAGGCUACUGAUAUUGCCAUGGCUGGGUCAAUCAGGCCCAGUGAUAUUGUAUACACCAGUCCUGAUAGUGGUGGUAUUACCAAGGCCUCUGAUAAGAGCCCUGAAGAGGAGUCUCUAAUCAAUGGAAUUGCUGCUCUUUCUACUACGACAAGUGUAGAUCCUAUAUCUUUGCCUCCCAGUCCUGACACUGUUGCUAGCAACAGUUCGACAACUACAACAUCUUCAACCGCAUCUUCUGUGGCUUCAUCUACUACUACCACUAGUUCUGAGGUACUUACCUCUGCAAAUAAGGGCCGCAAUGUUUCCAGUAAAAGAAGUACUUGGCGUAAUACCCUUCCGGCUCUGCUUUAUGUGUUGGGACACCGUCAUGGCACCCCAACAGCCAGACCUCAAGAAUUGUUGCUGGUAUCCGAUGACCACCCCGAUGGGGUUCAGUUAGAUCUAGGUGGAAAUCCACAAGAGGAUUUAAAAGGCGUUACGAACCCUACUCUCAAGCUUACAGGAUUCUGGUCUUGUGAAAUUGUUAUUCCUGGUGAUCAGUUAAUCCCUGGGCUUGCUGCUACCACUAGACGUAGUACACAGCUUCGCUGCAAGAAGUGCGCUAUGCCGUUAGCGCUAUCCACUGCAUUUAUUCUCCAUACUCCUGCUGGUUCUUCCCUUGGAAAGGGAGCCAAGGACAGCAAGGACAGCAAAGAAAACGGUAGCUCUUCGUUUUAUAAACAGGGUGCUUCACAGUCUACUUCUCACUUGAGUAGCUUUUUCAGAAGCAGUACCAGCAACGGAAGUGCGUCAGUGAAUGGUAGUGCAUCAGAACGCUCAAGCAGAUUCCACUUACCCCAUCAGUUGACAAGGUCUCUCAGCCAAAGGGGUGAUCGGGAAACGCGUUCUGCGAACUCAAGUGCUACUUCUUUAGUCGACAACAAGGGCAUCAACUUUGCACCUAGAAAUGGCAUGGCCAUCAACUCUACUCUUCCUCCUUCGUGUAUGUCGUACUUCAUCGAGCCAGUAGUAUGGAUGCGCCCUGAACUCGAGAAGGGCGAGCUUGAAGGAAAACUCAAUUGUCCUGGUUGUGAAGCCAAACUUGGUUCAUACAGAUGGCAGGGAAGCAAAUGUAGUUGUGGUGUUUGGAUUACCCCUGCGAUUCAGUUACAACGGUCAAGAGUUGAUGAAGUCCAGUUUACUAGAAAUACUGCUGCUCUGUAA